UCUGCAUCUGAGAGAAUGGCCGUCCCAGGGGCCAGCGCUGAGGAGCAUGAGAGACACAGCGACGGCUUCGUCCACCUUUGCAACCCAAACAUAGCGGCGAUGAAGGAAGACAUCCUGUACCACUUCAGCCUCAGCACCCGCACGCACGACCUCCCGGCCAUGUUUGGGGACGUGAAGUUCGUGUGUGUUGGGGGCAGCCCCUCGAGGAUGAAAUCCUUCAUCCAGUACGUGGCCGUGGAGCUGGGCCUGGGCCGCCCGGGCGAGGACUACCCCAACAUCUGCUCGGGGACCGACCGCUAUGCCAUGUUCAAAGUGGGGCCCGUGCUGUCCGUCAGUCACGGGAUGGGCAUCCCCUCGAUUGCAAUCAUGCUGCACGAGCUCCUCAAGCUGCUGUUCCACGCCCGCUGCUCCGGCGUCACCGUCAUCCGCAUCGGCACGUCCGGCGGCAUCGGUCUGGAGCCCGGCUCUGUGGUCAUCACCCGACAGGCGGUGGACGCCUGCUUCAGGCCCGAGUUCGAGCAGCUGGUCCUGGGCAAGCGCGUCACCCGCAGCACCGACCUGGACGCGCGGCUGGUGGGGGAGCUGGCGCAGUGCGCCGCGGACCUGAACGAGUUCCCCACGGUGGUGGGCAACACCAUGUGUACCCUGGACUUCUACGAAGGGCAAGGCCGCCUGGACGGGGCUCUGUGCUGCUACACGGAGCAGGACAAGCAGGAGUACCUGCGGGCGGCCCACGAGGCCGGCGUCCGCAACAUCGAGAUGGAGUCGUCCGUCUUCGCCGCCAUGUGCAGCGCCUGUGGCCUCCCAGCUGCCGUGGUGUGUGUCACCCUCCUCAACCGCCUGCAAGGGGACCAGAUUGGCAGCCCCCACGAGGUGCUGGCCGAGUACCAGCAGCGGCCGCAGAGGCUGGUCGGCUGCUUCAUCAAGAAGCGCCUCGCCGGGGCCUGAGCCCCUGCGUCCGGAGACGAGCGUGGUCGUGGCUGCAGACGAGGCCACGUGCGAGUCCCCGUGUGGCCCGCGCGUUGGUGACAGCUGGGAGCCGAGGCAGGCGGCAGUGGACUGCGUUUCCGAGGCCGAGCCCGCACUCAGCCCGCGGAGUUUACCUGUUGAGCUCCAGUGGGGCCCGUCUGCCUGGACCAGCCUGAUGUGGGUUUUCUGAACAGAUGUUCCUCUGAAAAUGGAAAUAUUUCUGGGGAAAAAAAUUUCAGAUGUUUAAAUUCUAAUGGUUGUCACAUUUCACAUCACUGAGAAAGGAACCUGAUUAUAAUGGCAGAAAAUUUA